AUGGCCACUCCAUCCACAAUCACCCCUAGCAGCCAUGUUGGUUUCGACAGCAUCACGUCGCAGAUUGAGCGCAAGCUGUUGAAGCGCGGAUUUCAGUUCAACGUUAUUUGCGUUGGCCAGACUGGCUUGGGCAAGUCGACGCUCAUCAACACCAUCUUCGCCUCGCACCUCAUCGACUCCAAGGGUCGCCUGCAGCCUGACGAGCCCAUUCGCCAAACCACCGAGAUCCAGGGCGUCUCUCACCUCAUUGAGGAGAAUGGUGUCCGUCUGAGGCUCAACAUCGUCGACACACCCGGCUACGGCGACCUUGUCAACAACGACCGCUGUUGGGAUCCCAUCGUCAAGUACAUCAAGGACCAGCACUCCGCGUACCUGCGAAAGGAGCUUACCGCCCAGCGAGAGCGUUACAUCCCCGACACCCGCAUCCACGCCUGUCUGUUCUUCAUCCAGCCUUCUGGUCACUCUCUCAAGCCCAUUGAUAUUGUCGUCUUGAAGAAGCUGUCCGAUGUUGUCAACGUUGUGCCUGUCAUUGCCAAGGCCGAUACCUUGACUGUUGAGGAGCGAUUGGAGUUCAAGGAGCGAAUCAAGGCUGAGUUUGCCUUCCACAACCUCAAGAUGUUCCCGUACGAUAACGAGGAGUUUGACGACGAGGAGCGAAACCUGAACCAGCAGAUCAAGAGCUUGGUUCCUUUUGCGGUUGUUGGCUCUGAGAGCAACAUUAUUGUUAAUGGCAAGCAAGUCCGUGGUCGCCAGAACCGCUGGGGUGUCAUCAACGUUGAGGACGAGAACCACUGCGAAUUCGUCUACCUGCGAAACUUCUUGCUCCGAACCCACCUCCAGGACCUUAUCGAGACCACCUCCCAGAUCCACUACGAGACUUUCCGUGCUAAGCAGCUGCUUGCACUGAAGGAGAGCAGCGCACACGGUGGUGGCGCCGCCAGCAGACCGAUCAGCCCUGCUGCUGAUCGUGAGAUGAGCCGAGGCUCCCAGCGAAUGGGCAUCAACGGAUACUAA